UGGGCUCAGAGGGGAAACGAGAGCCUUCGAGUGCCGCGGGUCACCAGCACGGAGGCCGCCGGUGCGGGCGGCUCGGAGGCGCAGUGCCACCGCCGCCGUGCCCGGUAGGAAGCGGAAGGGCCGGCGGCGCCGGGAGCGGGCCGGGAACCGCCGGAACACCCGAGGGCCGCUCCCCCGCAGGGGGCGGGCUGAGGGCAGCCGAGCCGGAGCGGCGCCGGGCCGGAGCUAUGCUGCUGCGCCUGGUGCCCGAGUUCGAGCUGCGGAGGGACGUGGUGCCCUGGCUGGCGGAGCGGGGCUGCGCCGCCGCUCUAGACACUUCUGAGAAUUCAUCAGCACUCUAUGUUGUAAAUGUUGAAAGAAAUGGAAAAAUUAUUUAUACCUGGAAGGGAAAUCAGAGAAGCACUCACAUUGGAUUGUAUGAUCUUCAAACUAAACAAAACGAGCACCUCUAUAUGUUUGAGAAGAAUUUGCACAUUAUCAGCUGUUCAAUCAACAAUGAAAGGACCUUAUUGGCAGUCAGCUUCUGUCAAUACACAGAGGAAGAAAGAGCAAGUCAGCUCUUACAGUCAGUAUCCAAGUACUUAACCUUGCUAAUUGAAAUUCAUCCCAUUAAUAAUGUGAGAGUCCUAAAGGCUGUGGAUAGCUGUGUUCGAGUACAGUUUCUUUAUCCAGUUGAAGGCAGAAAUGCUUCUAGAGAAAGUCGUCUCUUGCUAGUUUCAGAAGAUAAAUAUAUUGAACAAUUUGACAUUCAUGUUGUUGCAGAAGAAGAACACAAAGUGGUUAUUCAAAAGUCAGGUCAGCUUCCAAGAGCCAAAGUUGUAGAUGACCUCGUUUGGGCACAGUGGGAUAUGAUGGAGCAAAGACUCUUCUACAUUGUUCCAAAGGAAUCAAAGAGUACUUUAAGGUGUGUCCAGUUUUAUCCCGAUGAAAAUUUUAACUCAAUUCUGGAAUCACACCUGGAUAUUGCUGUAAAUGACACACAAUUAAAACUUGUGAAUUUUGGAUAUGAUUACUGUCAAGAUCAAGAUGUUGCAUCUAAAUCUUUGAACCUUCAGGUCUUCACAAGUAAAGCAGGAGGCUUGUGUGUGUGUUGUAGUCUAGUCUCUGAUAUUCCUCAUGAGAUCAUAUACUCCAUAUAUUUUUUACAUAAAGGUUACAACAAAACUUUUACAGUUUCUCUAGAAAGAACAGAAUCUCAUGAAUUGAAGGAAGUGGCUUUUAUGAAUCUUGACUAUUACGUGGCUGCUUAUUUGCCUGGCCAGUUCCUGCACCUCCUGAACGUUCAACAUCCUGACCUGCUGUGCUAUAGUUUAUUUCUGACAGGUGAGGAUGCAAGAAUUGACACACUACAAAACUGUUCCAUCCGGUCCCCAUGGGUGUCAACAGUCCUGGCCUGUGAUGCAGGAAGUCUGUACAAUGUGAGCAUCAGUGACAGUGCCUUGCUGCAGUUCCUACAGAAGAGCAAACGAGACUGUGAGAGAUUGGCAGCUAUGCAUUGUGCCCUGCUCUACUUCCAACACACAGAAGACUUGGAAAUUCAGAUUAUUCGAUGGAUUUCUGAGAACCUGUCAACAUGUCAUUCUUUUGACCCCAUUCAAGAAUUUAUCAUUGCCUCCCUGUACUGCAGAAUGUGUCCAGAAAUUCAGAACCUGGAUAAACUCCUGCCCUACACAUCACUGCAUGACUGGAUUGGGGUUGUCCCUGGAGUAAUAUGUGCCACAGACAUUAUUUCUCUACCUGUUUUGGAGUUCCAAAACUCCAAAGGCUUCUGGGAGAAACUCAACUCAAACUUGGAGAGUGUGAAGUAUGCAGAGCCACACUUGCACUACCACAGUAACGCUCUCAGGAGGGAAUGGCGAAACCUUUCAGAAGAGAGAGAGGAGAGAAGAGCCACAGCAUAUUUGAGGAAUAUUUUUGAAAAUGCCAAAAAGGUGCUUUCUCAUCUGGACACUUGGGACUCUGAGGCGAGGCUGGUACCUCUGUUUGAAGAGGAGGAUUAUCAGCAGCAGUUGCUCAUGGGACUGAUGGUUGCUCAGCUGAAGGAUCACCUUAUGAGACAUCUACAAUAUGUUGGAAAAAAGAAGAUUGACCAAAUAGUUUUGGAUUAUGUUGCAAACCUGCUGAAUCUGGUGCAUCGAAUAAUGAAAGAAGUGUGGCGGAGAUACCAGCUUCAUUCCUGUAUCUUCUGCUUUGAUGAGAGAGGAACUGCAGGAGAAUUUGCAGUGUUCCACAUCAUGAGUCGGAUUUUGGAAGCAGCAAAUGGCAUGUGCAUGCCUUUACCUCCUGGGUUUCACACUCUGCAUCUGGGUCUUGGUGUUCGAUGUCUCCCUCUGCACACCCUCCUGCACUAUAUUGACAAUGGGAUCUUGCAAUUGACAGAAACGUGUGUCAGGAAAUUGCUGAAAGAUCUGGAUGACACUGAACAGAAUGAAAAGCUGAAGUUUAGUAUUGUCAUGAGGCUUCCAGAGGCUCUUGGUCAAAAGGUCUGCCAGUACUGGAAUCAUCCAAUAAAUGCAAACUUAAUAGCACGGAAAUAUGUGAAACUUUUGCUUGAGAAGCUGGGAAACAGACAGUGCAGCAGGCCUAUCUCUGAGAGACUCUCCAUCCCCGUGGAGUUUUUGCCACUGAACUACCUGACUAAUAUGCUGGCAGAGAUAGAGGCUCAAGGUGUGCAUCCAUAUGAGAAACAAGACCAUAUAAAUGCAAGAUUUGUAGAGGAAACAGCACUCAAGCACACUAUGACGCUCCUGGGUCUCAAAUAUUCCUGAAAUAACAUGCUGUUGAAGAAGGCUGUCAAACUGUGGUGCCUCUGUAAAAGUAUUUAUGUAAAUGCAAUGUUGCUUCUCAAGUAACUUGCAAUGUUGGGUAGUCACCAGUACUGACAUGAGCUACUCAAAACAGUGUUUGGUCUAACAGACUGAGGUUGAAAUUAUUGUCUUCUAGAUAAAUCCUAGAGAAAUGCAUUUGACAUAACCCCAGGUUUGAAAUAUGUCUGUGGGUUCAUUUUGAAGUGGUCAAGGAAGUGGAACAACAGUGGGUUGUCAAAACAUGCUGUGAAAAUUGGUAUAAAUGUCACUUCUUUUAACAAGACAAUGCUGGAAGAGGCAGUCCAGUUGUACAGUAACAAUAACCAGUAACUGUUUACUUGGAUUAAUAAAAGGAUUUCUAGGUGUGAUUGUAUAAAGCAGGUAAGAAUAACAAAUUCCUUUUUAUGUCAGGCAUGAGUAAAGAGGUAUUCAUUCCUUGUGGUGGUAUCAGUUAUCUUAUGGUACUUCUGCUUCUGAGGCUGCAUUCUAAUAUUUUCAGUUUUGUUAUUAGCACAAAAUAUAAUCUGCUUAAAGUACAUGUGACAGAUUUUGUUGGGGGUUUGUUUGUAGAGUUUUUUGUUGUUUUUUAAAGAUGUGUAUUAUAUAUUGUAAGUAAUAUAGGAUAAGAAAAAAGUUUUAGAAAUUGAUCUUAACAGUGGCUUAUACAGAGUUUUACAUAAUUCUUUCUUACAACUUCUAGUGUUACAGUUCAAAUUUCAGCUUCAGAAAGAAAUUAGGCAGGCUGUUUUUCCUUUGUUUUCAACUUCUGUUUGUAUGUAACUGAGCCAAUAUUGUUUGCUCUUUUAAGUUCUGAACUGUGAUAUUAAUUUUAAAUGGUAAUAGCAUUUUGCUACACAGAGAAAAUUCCCAAGUUGUUCCAUGCAGGAUUUCUGCAGCCUUUAUUGGAUUUUAAAAAACUCUACAAAAUUCCAGACUAUUAAACUAGAGAAACUCAUCAAAAUUUGAUAUAUUUGGGAGGUUUCCAAAACAACCUCUGAUAUUCUCUCUGAGUAGUUUCCACUGAUGCUCCCUUGUUCCUUAUCAGUGAAAUAAAAAGAUCCAGUUCCUGGGAGUGUCUUGGCAAGUUCAUGGUCACCCCCUUGUCAUUGCCAUCAGUGAAGCUUUAGCGUUCUCAGUGACUGCAUAGUGAGAAAGAAUAUUUGUCUUAAUAUAAUUAGAAUUUCUCUGUCUGGGACUCCAGUCCCAGACUGCAGAAAGCCAUGUUGAUGUGUGUGCGUGUGUGUGUAUAAGUGAUGGCCACUUUGUAUUAUAUUAAUAACUGGAGAAGAUUUUCUAGCCUUUUCUUUUUAAUGAAUGUAUUAUAACAUACCUUCAGAUGCAAUAAAACUUCA